GUUCGCUUUCGUCUGCUCGACGCCGACGGAGCGCUCCGAUGUUUCCGGCGUAGUCUCAGCGACCGAGAUGGUGUGCUUCAUAACGCGCGCUUGAAACAAACAUCCAUGUUGUGGUUUCUGCUCCGCUUUUCGAUCCAAACGAAGCGCGUUUCUCUGGCCUGCGGGCGUCCGGUGAGAUAAAGGAAAGGGCUCCGUCUCAAAAUGUCUUCAAACCCGGCGUCACCGACGGCGCGGUCUCCGUCAGCCAGUGGGCCUUCGUCGCCGUGCAGAACGGCGGCUGCCGUGUCGAAUGGCAACGGGGCAGCGGUCCGAAGGGCCUUCAUGCGGCAUUCGUCCAUCAGCAGUGUGGAAGCCUACGAUGUCGCAUUCAAGCUCAUGCUGGUGGGAGACUCCGGCGUGGGCAAGACGUGCGUGUUGAUCCGCUACAAGGACGGAGCGUUCCUGAGCGGGGCCUACAUAUCCACCGUCGGCAUGGACUUCAGGAACAAAGUGGUCAGCGUAGAUGAGUGCAAGGUCAAGCUUCAGAUCUGGGACACGGCUGGUCAGGAGCGGUUUCGCAGCGUCACGCACGCUUAUUACAGGGACGCCCACGCUCUGCUGCUUCUCUAUGACGUCUCGAACAAGACUAGCUUCGACAACACGAGGGCGUGGCUGGGCGAGAUCAACGAAUACGCCCAGGACGACGUGGUCAUCAUGCUCAUCGGCAACAAGGCCGACAUCCAGCAGGACAGGCAGGUUCGCUACGAGGACGGGGAGAGGCUCGCCAGGGAGUACGGCGUGGCCUUCAUGGAGACCAGUGCCAAGACAGGGGCCAACGUGGAGCUUGCCUUUAUGGCCGUGGCCAGGGAGUUGAAGCAACGAAUGUCCCGGACCACCCACGGCCCCGGCCGCUUCAACAUGUCAGAGUACAUCCGCCAGGAGAGCCAGGUGAAGUCGAACGGCUGCUGCAGCAGUUAGGGAUGGCGCCUCAGGAACAGACUGCCCUUCUAGCACGCCGCCGGUCCGGCUGCAGUCCCGACGCGCGCCGCCUGCCGCCCGCCCACCGCCCCGAAGGCCUACCACGAGGAACGCUGCAGCGAGAGUUCGAGAGCACGUUGGCCGUGGCGUCGUUCACCGAGGGUGCACCAACAUGGCGCGGUGCAGCUCCCAGUGUACCUCCAUCGACACUGGCCAUUCGUCAGCAUCGUGCCAUGGAUCCAGCGGUGGUCUGUACAGAUGCCCGGCAAAGGAGUGUUGGCAUGCGGAAGGGGUGCACCAGGAAGGCGCGCGAUGGUUUCCAGUGUCUUUAACGGGUCUUCGUCAAGAUGGUUCAAUCGGCCGCUUGUCACGGAGAUAACGAAGACUACACGCUGGAGGAACUACCAAGAGAUCAUCUGGGGUGUCUCUGCUGGUGUAUCAGAAUGGCUCGCUGCUGAUUGUUGUGUUUGUUUUGGUGGGUGACGUGGCAAGUUAUCGGCCUCCUAACGGAUGUACCAAGGUGACGCGUUCCGCUCUGGAACUCGGUGGCAGCCCCCUCUAGGAAGCACCAAAAGAGGACUCCCUGUGUCAACUCGCCGAGUGAGAGUGCACGUACGAGAACUUGGGAUUUCUACAACCAAUCAGCUGCAUCGAGUGGUGUCGCAAAUGAGAGGUGGCAACAUGGCGGCGCACUUAGGGCACUCCUCGUGCCACCUUGGAGAUGGAGGAACCCGCUCCACAAAUCUUCAGCAGGUGUACCAAGAUGGCGCGCCGGGUUGGAGCUUGACGGCGGCGUCCGGAAGGGCAGACCAAGAUGGCGACGCGGCACGCUUGUUGCGAACGCGGUCAUCGUUGUCUAGGUAGCCUAGGGAAAAGCCGUCGUUCCACGUUGCCCGAAGUGCGUGAUAUUACGGUUAAGCAGGGUAGGAAAUAUUAUGGUUUGGGGGACUUAAAGCAAUAUCACCCAGGUU